GCAUUUAUUGGGGUUGAUAGUAAACAUCUUCGAAAGAGAGUGAAACGCUGGAAAGUAGGGGGGAAGCAUGGCAACUCCGCAGUUGCAGACGCAGCAGUUGCACGACGAAACCCUGACGCUCCGUCCCGAGGAGAGGGAGCGGCUGAAAAAGAGGCGGCAGUACGUCAAAGACUACGACCCUCCGAAAUGGAGGUCUUCCCAGCCCGACCCCGUCUCGGGACAACUCAUAGAGCGACCAAUGGUCCCUCAUGCCAAUAUUGUGUUUAUAGGUCCCACAGGCUCGGGGAAGUCUAGUCUCAUAGGAAGUCUGGUGCGGGCGGUGACGGAGGUGGCAGAAUUCCCGGCCAGGAUCCAGAUGACCCUCAAUCACCCAGGGGAGGACUCGCACGGGACCAUCAUGUGGCUGGAGACCAGGGGAAACAGAAAGGAGAGUAUCCUCUACCAGGACACCAGGGGAGAUCAGGAAUAUGACCAGGUGGAGCAGUCGAUCCAUGAGUUUGAGCUCCAGGGGAUGUAUCGCGACGGGGCUGAGCUGAAAGCCACCACUUUCUUCUCCAAGGACUGGUGGCUGUCUCGACGGUUCUUCUGGGAGCAGAGCCUGGCAGAGGUCCCCCACUGCGUGGUGUUUGUGUUCGACGGAUCUUCAGACCCGUUUCUCGAUCAGGAGAGCCUCGAGUUCUUCCAGCAGGUGUUCAAAGACUGCACCAACCACGGCUAUGAACCAAUCAUAGUAGUGACUUGUCUGGAUCUAAUCCACCAAGAAGCUCUGAGGCAAGGUUUCAACUUUGAAGUGGAGGUGGGACACAAGAAAGACAAGGUCCUGCAAGCAUUCGAGGACCUUCACCUCACGCGACAGAGCAUCUACUUUGUCACAAACUUUCACGAGGGUAGGCGAGGUGUGAAGGUGUGGGGAGAAAGAGAUAGGGGAUUCGAGAAGGCCACCAAAUGUAUGGUGGACCUGGCUAGGGACAUGCUGACUGUAGCCGAUAGGUUCAUAAAGAGAAAGUAUACCAACGAGUCCAGGUGUUGUGUGUUGUGAUGUUUAGAGUGUCUUUGUGGUUUAUAUUGUGUCAAAUAAUUUAUUAACCAUUGAAAUUGUUUGUAUAAGAAUGCCCCUAGUCAUCACGGAUAAAGAUUGGUUUUGGUCUUCCUGCCAGCUCGCUUAGGAUCUGCACUGAAGUUGUACUCAACUCCCUAUAUAGAAUAUCGUUCAUAUCAAAAGGCAAGAUAAUGUGUAUUAACUCACUGAUGUUGAGUUAGCUGGUACUUCGGUAGAACGACUUCUGUGCAGAACUUGAGAAGUUGCGUCUCUAUUCUGGCCAUUCUGAGUCUGUUUUCUGCCUCUACCAACUGCAGUAGCUCUGUCAGUGUUGAGUACACCAGUGGUCCAUUGUCUGGAGUCCGCGACGCAGAGCGUUCUUCCCAACUUGUACUAUUUCUUGUCUGAAGACGAGAAGUAUCUCUAGAAGUCUCUUGGUUCGUUUUGUCCAUUGUUGCAUUUUGCUGCUUGCUCGAUUCAGUAAUGUCUUCAACUGCACUGGCUCUGUUGACAAUUGCUUCCAGCUUCUCUCUUGCACUGGUUACAUCUGCCUCACCACCCAAGAGAUUCUUUG